ACGAGCGCUCAGCCGUUGCUGUUAGCCUCCAGCCAUGUGUGAAAUAUCGGGACGCCUGACACCUAUCACGCUCGGCCCAGAAAAUGCAGAACCUUCAAAAUUGUCCCGCAUUGUUUAAGUAACUCGAGGGAAACAUCCUGCCUUCAGUCAAGAGCUUAAAGUUACUCUGGUUCCACCACGACACCUCUUUACCUUGAUUCCAGCACCGAGCUCUUCGAAAACAAAGCUGGCUCUCAUUUGACCGUUUCUAACCCCAUCUAUGAGGGAGCCAAGAGCGAGUUUUUCGACAAUGACCAGUCACCAGCGACCUGCGGGCCGAGAGGACUUUGCAGUCGCCCUUAUUUGCGCCUUGCCCCUUGAGUUCGAUGCUAUCUGCAUGGUCGUUGAUGAGUUCUGGGAUGAGGAUGGUGAUCACUAUGGCAAAACUGGCGGGGACCGGAACAUGUAUGUCACUGGGCGUAUCGGUAGGCAUAAUGCUGUGAUCAUAUUGCUAGGAAAGGGAAAAGUCAAUUCAGCAACCGCCGUCACGAGCCUACGCACAAGCUACCCAAAUGUUCGCCUCACAAUAUUAGUUGGAGUUUGCGGUGCCGUUCCUUCAGCAGGGGAAAGGAUUAUUCGUAUGGGUGAUGUGGUUAUCAGCGACACCAUCGUUCAACAUGACUUUGGCCACCAGACAGAUCAGGAGUUUGUCCGCAAGAAGACCUCUCACGGUCAUCUGCUACCCAAAGAACUUCUCAAUCUAUUGGAGAGCCUCAAAACGAUCUUGGGAAAGAGGCGACUCAUGGAAGAUUCUGCGACGUUUGUUGAGGAACUGAAAACGACUGCUGAUAAAUUAGGCCAGCAUGACAGAUACGAAAGCCCAGACACAAGAAUUAUCAGCGCUUCAGGAUCUAUGUCGCAACCAUUAGCUCUGAGAGGACAACAAACCGAUCAAACCAUUGAGCUACCAGGACCUACCAUCCACUUCGGACCUAUGGCUUCAGGCGAUACAGUCAUGCUUUCUGCUGAACACCGUGAUCGGAUUGCUGCUGCUGAGGCCAUAAUUGCAUUUGAGAUGGAAGGUGCAGGACUCUGGCAGGAGCUGCCAUGCAUUAUUGUCAAAGGGGUAUCUGACUUUGCCGAUCGUGACAAGACGAAGGAUUGGCAGGACUAUGCCGCUGCAAUGGCUGCUGCGACAUCGAAAGCUAUCUUGAAGCGGUAUAUUCAUACCGACAGAAAGGUUACUCCUCCCCCAGGCCAUCCCCUCUUGGUGAGGCAGCAUGGAUCAAACUAUAAUGGGACGAUAGAAACGGUGCAUGGUGUGAAUCAGGGCAAUCGGAUACGUGUUUCAUCUACCCAACCUCCUCGAAAUUAUGAGCAAGAAGGGUCGUCAUUUAUGGCGGAUAUUCAAGCUGGCGCUAGUGUGCAUCAGGGAAACGUUAUGGAAUUCUUAUGAAUCAGGCAUGAUUCUGGUGUGCUGAGUUAAAUUGUCUUGAUAGAAGAGCAACAGGCCACUUCAUGGAACAUGUAACCUUAAAUGGGCCUCAUCUUCCCCUAAACAGGGUAGUCCAUUUACCAUCACUUCUUAACAGAAACAUCAGUAACGGAAAGGACUGAUCACCGUGUCUUGAAGAGCUACUGCCCAAGAUGGCGCUACUACGUAGUAAUAGGAGUUGCUUGGGAUUGCCUUCAACCAUGACAUGCUAUCUCACAAGAGUCAUAUUGACAAACCUGGC